AUGGAGGAGCUGUCCGAAACAGAAGAUGGCAAAAAAGAGGUGGGGUCUCAUUCCGAGGUCGACCAUGACAGUGACAUUCUGGAGGUGAAGAUUCCCGCCCCUGCACCGCCACUUCCGCCUGGUAGUGCCGAGCAGUGUGGGGAAGAGAAGGGGAUACCGGUAGCUCCAAUUAUCGGUGACGGGAAGAGUGAGCAAGCAGAAGCGGCUGAGAAAAUGGCUGUCACAAAAGACGCAGGUGUGGGCAGCAUUCAAUCUGCAAAUAAUGAACCCUCAAAAACAGAGGAUGAUGCUGUCAGCAGAAAUUCACAUUUGGUUCACACUUGGCGGGAAGGAGUGGAAACCAUCACUCAAGAAGCGCAUCCUGUGUCAAGAGAUAUGCAACCUGAUAGCGAACCGCUGGUACCAAAACCUGAACCACGGCCUGUGUCUAGCACGCACCCAGCUGCUCAACUACAGAGCUCACCAGGAGCUUUUGCUGUAGGAGGACGGCCACCAUUCAGUUCCAGUCAAGGAGGAAUGACACAGCAAAGAGUUAGCCAAGGAGAAGAAACGCCACGACCCAGACCGUCCGAAAGAGCCAGUCGAGCAGAAGAGCCGCCAACCAGACCCUCUCUGGAUGGCCAGUCACAACAGUUGUCUUCUGACAGGUCAGCAGCACAAGUUGUAGAGACAGGAUUGUCAGUAGCAAAUCCCAUAGAUGAGCCAAGUAGUCACCCAGAAUUACUACCCCAGGCUCAAGCCUUGGAUUUGGAGGCUAACAGGUGA